UGCAGCUAAGACAGGCAGCCUCGGGAAUCAGAAACUGCGUUUUACAGUCUCCUGCAGGGAUGCAGCGACAGGAGCUCGGUUACUGAGCUUACAGUGGAUGAUCGUGGGGUUGUCUUGUGCUUUAUCUUGUUUUUGAAGCUGUGACACUGGACACGGGUGACUGGGAGUACUACUGUGUGUCCAGACCACUGCACGGAGAGCGAGGGCUGGGUAUGCCACAGGUGGAAAGGUUGUGAAGAUGAGGAGCUGGUUUUUCACUGUGACUGUCCUGCUGUCCUCCAUGAAACGGACUGAAGCUCAGGGCAGGUGUAAUAAUGUGCAAGCAGCAGAUAUUGUUUUCCUGGUCGAUGGGUCCUCCAGUAUUGGCCGAGCUAACUUCCUGCAGGUGAAAGGCUUUAUGGCUGGAAUCAUCAAGCCAUUUGCCGGCUCUGUCAGCGAGUCAGGGAUACGCUUUGGGGCCAUACAAUACAGCGACACCUCCAGAGUGGAAUUCACAUUUACUACCUACCUGGUUGGCACCGAGGUCGUCAACGCUGUAGAGAAUCUGAACUAUAAGGGUGGAAACACACGCACUGGUGCUGGUCUCAAAUUUGUCGCUGAUAACUUCUUCAACCCUGUGUCCAGUCGAGAUGUUCCAAAGAUCACUAUCCUGAUCACAGAUGGGAAGUCCCAGGAUGGUGUGCAGGAACCAGCACAGAAGCUGCGCAGCCAAGGAGUGCAUGUUUUUGCGGUUGGUAUAAAGAGUGCAGACAGGAAUGAGUUGGCCCAGAUCUCCUCCCAGCCCAGCAGUGAUUUCACCUCCUUUGUUGGGGACUUCAAACUGCUUAACACACUUCUUCCUCUAGUCAGCCAGCGAGUGUGUUCCAAAGCAGGAGGAGUCUACGUUAGUGAUGAGGCAUUUUCUGGUCCAGCCAACCUCCAGUUCACAGGCCAGACGUCUGAUACUCUCAGGUUUCGCUGGAAUGCAGCAGGGGGGCCUGUGAGUGGCUAUGUGGUCCAAUAUGUGCCACUCUCUGGCCUGGGUCAGCCCAUCACAGCAGAACUACGUCAGGAGACUGUCUCUGCCAGUCAGAGGACCUAUACCGCACGAGAGCUAAGGUCAGGAACUGACUACCUGGUGACUGUCAUCGCCCAAUACCCCAACAGUGUGGGGGAGUCUAUUUCUGCCAAGCAACGAACCAGGUCUCUGCCAGGGGUGACCAGUCUACGCCUGAUAGAGGCAGGUUUCUUUUCUCUCUCUGUGGGUUGGGACCAACCUUCAUCUCCUGUACAAGGCUACAGACUCACCUAUGGACCGCGAGGUCAGCCAGCAGCCCAGCUGUUGGUGCAGGCUCUGUCUGCAGACUCCACAUCUGUCACCUUGGAGUCCCUUCUGCCCGAUACGGAGUACGUCAUCAGCCUCUACCCCUUAUUCCCCCGAAACUCUGCAUCCCCGUCCAUCCUCAACGCUCGCACAUUGCGCCUUGAGUCAGUGCAGCAGUUAACAGUGGAAACCGAGUCAGAGGGCAGCGUUCGUGUGCGGUGGGGAGGCGUCAGUGGUGUGCGGGCCUACCGUCUGGUCUGGGGACCAUUUACAGGUCGAAAUGUGGAGACGGUGGAGGUUGCUGGUGGCAGUGAGUUUUACACUUUGUCCGGACUGCAGCCCGACACUGAGUACAUCGUCACCAUCAUCCCGCUGUAUGAGGGCAACACCGAGGGCCCUGUAGCAACUGCCAGGUUCAAGAUAGAGCGUCAGGAGCAGCAGGUCCUCAGAGCAGCUACUACUGGCCCCUCCUCUAUUCGUCUCACCUGGAGAAUUAUCCCAUCCUCUCGAGGGUACCGCCUAGAGUGGAGGGCGGGGGAAGGAGGACGUGUCGAGACCCUGACCUUUCCUAGAACCACUUCCAGCCAUGAGCUAACAGGCCUUCAGCCCAACACAGAAUAUAUCAUCAAGCUGUACACGCUGUUCGAAGGUCGUGAGGAAGCCACACCUGUCUCCACCACAUCCAGAGAGGAACAGCCAGUGGGGAAAGUGUCCAACCUGAGAGUGGUGGAGUCUCUGGGCAGCACUGUCAGACUUGGCUGGACAGGUGUAGCUGGGGCCACACAGUACCGCAUCAUUAUCCAGAACACAGACGCAGGAACAGAGGAAAUACGGAAUAUCCCUGGAAACCAGACGACCUUUGACCUCAGAGACUUGUCAGUGGGAGUGUCUUAUGGAGUCAGUGUCACAGCGCUGGUUGGAGAAAAUGAAGGAGACCCAGUUACUGUCUACAUCAAACCAGAGCAAGGUCCUGGCAGAGUGACGAACCUCAGAGUGACAAACGCAAACAGUCGGAGAAUUCGAAUUGCCUGGGCAGGUGUUACUGGGUCGACAGGUUACAGGGUUACUUGGAGACAAGGCAACAAUCCAGAGCAGUCUCGUCUUCUGGGGGCGGAGGCUACAUCCUUCACCAUAGACGGCCUGCAGCCAGAUGAGGCGAUAGUAAUUGGUGUUGCAUCUGUGGUUGAUCAACGCGUUGGAGAGGUGGUCACGCUGUCCAGUCGGACUAAUCCCCACGGUGGAUCAGUGUCUGGCCUUCGCAUCGUUGACGUCACAUCUCAGAAGAUACGCAUUGCAUGGUCACCUUCCACUAGGGCAACUGGCUAUAAGAUCACUUGGCGUCGUGAAGAUGGAGUUGAAACAACGCGUAAUGUGGCUGCCAACGUCAAUUCCUUCACCAUUGAUGGACUACAGUCAGAUUACGCCUACGCUGUGUUAGUUUCUUCACUUAUUGGCUCUCGAGAAGGAAGUCCUACCACUCUGAACAUCAGGACAGAGUCAGAUCAGACUGUGGUAGGGACUGUGACGUCACUGCAAGUCCAGGAGGCCCGUGGAGAGGUUGUCCGAGUCACUUGGGUUGGUGUCCAAGGAGCAACAGCGUAUCGGGUGUCUUGGAGGAGAACAGACGGUGGUGAAGAGAGGAGUCAGGUGGUGGGCGGAGAUGUGACAGCAGUGGAUUUGGAGCAGUUGGAUCCCGGAGCUCAGUAUGAGGUGCAGGUCAUGGCUUUAGUUCAAAACAGAGAGGGAUCCCCUGUGUCUGUCAGAGUCACUACACGCAGGUGUAAUAAUGUGCAAGCAGCAGAUAUUGUUUUCCUGGUCGAUGGGUCCUCCAGUAUUGGCCGAGCUAACUUCCUGCAGGUGAAAGGCUUUAUGGCUGGAAUCAUCAAGCCAUUUGCCGGCUCUGUCAGCGAGUCAGGGAUACGCUUUGGGGCCAUACAAUACAGCGACACCUCCAGAGUGGAAUUCACAUUUACUACCUACCUGGUUGGCACCGAGGUCGUCAACGCUGUAGAGAAUCUGAACUAUAAGGGUGGAAACACACGCACUGGUGCUGGUCUCAAAUUUGUCGCUGAUAACUUCUUCAACCCUGUGUCCAGUCGAGAUGUUCCAAAGAUCACUAUCCUGAUCACAGAUGGGAAGUCCCAGGAUGGUGUGCAGGAACCAGCACAGAAGCUGCGCAGCCAAGGAGUGCAUGUUUUUGCGGUUGGUAUAAAGAGUGCAGACAGGAAUGAGUUGGCCCAGAUCUCCUCCCAGCCCAGCAGUGAUUUCACCUCCUUUGUUGGGGACUUCAAACUGCUUAACACACUUCUUCCUCUAGUCAGCCAGCGAGUGUGUUCCAAAGCAGGAGGAGUCUACGUUAGUGAUGAGGCAUUUUCUGGUCCAGCCAACCUCCAGUUCACAGGCCAGACGUCUGAUACUCUCAGGUUUCGCUGGAAUGCAGCAGGGGGGCCUGUGAGUGGCUAUGUGGUCCAAUAUGUGCCACUCUCUGGCCUGGGUCAGCCCAUCACAGCAGAACUACGUCAGGAGACUGUCUCUGCCAGUCAGAGGACCUAUACCGCACGAGAGCUAAGGUCAGGAACUGACUACCUGGUGACUGUCAUCGCCCAAUACCCCAACAGUGUGGGGGAGUCUAUUUCUGCCAAGCAACGAACCAGGUCUCUGCCAGGGGUGACCAGUCUACGCCUGAUAGAGGCAGGUUUCUUUUCUCUCUCUGUGGGUUGGGACCAACCUUCAUCUCCUGUACAAGGCUACAGACUCACCUAUGGACCGCGAGGUCAGCCAGCAGCCCAGCUGUUGGUGCAGGCUCUGUCUGCAGACUCCACAUCUGUCACCUUGGAGUCCCUUCUGCCCGAUACGGAGUACGUCAUCAGCCUCUACCCCUUAUUCCCCCGAAACUCUGCAUCCCCGUCCAUCCUCAACGCUCGCACAUUGCGCCUUGAGUCAGUGCAGCAGUUAACAGUGGAAACCGAGUCAGAGGGCAGCGUUCGUGUGCGGUGGGGAGGCGUCAGUGGUGUGCGGGCCUACCGUCUGGUCUGGGGACCAUUUACAGGUCGAAAUGUGGAGACGGUGGAGGUUGCUGGUGGCAGUGAGUUUUACACUUUGUCCGGACUGCAGCCCGACACUGAGUACAUCGUCACCAUCAUCCCGCUGUAUGAGGGCAACACCGAGGGCCCUGUAGCAACUGCCAGGUUCAAGAUAGAGCGUCAGGAGCAGCAGGUCCUCAGAGCAGCUACUACUGGCCCCUCCUCUAUUCGUCUCACCUGGAGAAUUAUCCCAUCCUCUCGAGGGUACCGCCUAGAGUGGAGGGCGGGGGAAGGAGGACGUGUCGAGACCCUGACCUUUCCUAGAACCACUUCCAGCCAUGAGCUAACAGGCCUUCAGCCCAACACAGAAUAUAUCAUCAAGCUGUACACGCUGUUCGAAGGUCGUGAGGAAGCCACACCUGUCUCCACCACAUCCAGAGAGGAACAGCCAGUGGGGAAAGUGUCCAACCUGAGAGUGGUGGAGUCUCUGGGCAGCACUGUCAGACUUGGCUGGACAGGUGUAGCUGGGGCCACACAGUACCGCAUCAUUAUCCAGAACACAGACGCAGGAACAGAGGAAAUACGGAAUAUCCCUGGAAACCAGACGACCUUUGACCUCAGAGACUUGUCAGUGGGAGUGUCUUAUGGAGUCAGUGUCACAGCGCUGGUUGGAGAAAAUGAAGGAGACCCAGUUACUGUCUACAUCAAACCAGAGCAAGGUCCUGGCAGAGUGACGAACCUCAGAGUGACAAACGCAAACAGUCGGAGAAUUCGAAUUGCCUGGGCAGGUGUUACUGGGUCGACAGGUUACAGGGUUACUUGGAGACAAGGCAACAAUCCAGAGCAGUCUCGUCUUCUGGGGGCGGAGGCUACAUCCUUCACCAUAGACGGCCUGCAGCCAGAUGAGGCGAUAGUAAUUGGUGUUGCAUCUGUGGUUGAUCAACGCGUUGGAGAGGUGGUCACGCUGUCCAGUCGGACUAAUCCCCACGGUGGAUCAGUGUCUGGCCUUCGCAUCGUUGACGUCACAUCUCAGAAGAUACGCAUUGCAUGGUCACCUUCCACUAGGGCAACUGGCUAUAAGAUCACUUGGCGUCGUGAAGAUGGAGUUGAAACAACGCGUAAUGUGGCUGCCAACGUCAAUUCCUUCACCAUUGAUGGACUACAGUCAGAUUACGCCUACGCUGUGUUAGUUUCUUCACUUAUUGGCUCUCGAGAAGGAAGUCCUACCACUCUGAACAUCAGGACAGAGUCAGAUCAGACUGUGGUAGGGACUGUGACGUCACUGCAAGUCCAGGAGGCCCGUGGAGAGGUUGUCCGAGUCACUUGGGUUGGUGUCCAAGGAGCAACAGCGUAUCGGGUGUCUUGGAGGAGAACAGACGGUGGUGAAGAGAGGAGUCAGGUGGUGGGCGGAGAUGUGACAGCAGUGGAUUUGGAGCAGUUGGAUCCCGGAGCUCAGUAUGAGGUGCAGGUCAUGGCUUUAGUUCAAAACAGAGAGGGAUCCCCUGUGUCUGUCAGAGUCACUACACCUGGUGCCUACACCCCCCCUCCGACAGUAACUGCCACAACUUUACGAGUGGCGGAGAUUACCCGGGAUUCUGUGCGGCUUGGCUGGACUCCACUACCAGGUGCCACAGGAUAUAUUCUGCGCUGGAGAGACGAGACAGAUACUGGUAUAGGCUUGUCUGUUACGCUCCCUGCUGCGUCCAGCUCUUACCAGGUGACUGGGCUGCGUUUGGGUCGUCGUUAUCACUUCACCAUUCAGCCCACUUUUGUCAGUGGAUUGGGAACAGAGACCUCUGUAGAUGAGCACACUGUGUGUGUGGGCGGGCGUUUGGACGUGGUGUUUGUGGUGCCAGCAUCGACCGAUCGGAUUAGAUUUGCAAGACCUCUGCGUGAACUCCUCACAAGUGCAGCACGGUCGCUCAACAGUAUCGGACCCCGUGACUCACAGAUGGGAGUUGUUGUAUACGGUUACAGACCCAAAAUAUGGUUCCUGCUUAAUCGCCAUGGCAGGUCUGACACACUUCUUCAAGAAAUCCAGUCCACCCCCUUUGAUGAAAGCCCCGGGAAUAACAUUGGUGAGGCGGUGAGAUACACCAGGCAGUAUCUUCUGACCCCCUCAGCGGGACGGAGACCAAGGGUCCCCGGUGCUGUCAUCAUCAUUGCUGACAAAAAAUCAGCUGACAACCUGACUUUGGCAGCCAGCAGUCUCAAGGCUUCAGGUGUGACAGUGUUAGCAGUGGGUAUAGACCAGGCGGAUACCGAGGAGCUGCGUCGGGCAGUGACGGAUGGCAGCACCCAAAACAUCCUGUAUGCUCGUGAUGCAGCACAGUUGGACUCUGCACAUACCGGUCUGGCAGACUUGCUCUGUGGUAUCGCCAGAAUACCAGACGUAGGUCCAGGUCCAGAGGCGUGUCCCGCUCAGUGCCCUCGGGGUGAGAGGGGAGAACGUGGAGAGAAGGGUGAGAGAGGCAGAGAUGGUUCAGAUGGACGCAAAGGAGAGCCUGGUCGUGAUGGUCUGCCUGGGAGGGAAGGCCCCAGAGGACCUGAAGGACGCCCAGGUCCACCAGGCCAGACUAUCCCUAUUGAGCGCCCAGGGGGGGUGAAAGGAGAAAAGGGGGAGAGAGGUUUUCCUGGCAUUGAUGGAAGUCCAGGGUUGCCGGGACGACCAGGUUCCCCUGGAAAUGCAGGGGUCCCGGGUCCACAGGGCCUGCCCGGUAUCAGGGGAGAUCCAGGUGAAUCAGGUGUGCCAGGGGCACAAGGACCAAAGGGCAGUCAAGGUGAAAGGGGUGAACCGGGCUCUGUAUCAGGAGGGGGUCUUCCGGGGAGGAAAGGAGAGCCAGGCCUCCCGGGAAUACCAGGUACUCCAGGUCGGCCAGGCAGCGAUGGGGCCAAAGGUGCCUCUGGGGUUCCAGGGAUAUCUGGUCAGGAUGGCCGCCCAGGUAUUCCAGGAACACCAGGACUCUCCAUCAAGGGAGAAAAGGGCAGCCCAGGAGACAGGGGACCUCCAGGAGUAGGCAGCGGGGUGGCCGUGAAGGGUGACAAGGGCUCCCCAGGUAUUCCAGGACCUCCAGGGGCUAUGGGUCCUAGAGGGCUAGCAGGACCACAAGGCAGUAAAGGAGACAAGGGUGAUGUUGGUGAUGGGGCACCUGGACCUCCAGGCAGGCAAGGAGAGCCUGGGGACAGGGGUGCCCGUGGGCCUCCAGGAGAAAUUGGUAGCAAGGGUGACCGAGGACAGCCAGGUGAGCCUGGAUCGCAGGGAGACAGGGGGGAGAGAGGACCGGCUGGUGAAACCGGGGAAAGAGGCGACCCUGGGAAGCCGGGCCUCGCAGGAACACCAGGGUUGAGAGGUUUACCAGGGCCCGCUGGAACGCCAGGAGAAAAGGGAAAUGAAGGUGCACGCGGGGAGCCCGGCAGAAGUACUCCAGGUUUUCCCGGGAAGAAAGGGGAGCAGGGGGACCGAGGCCAGACUGGUCCCGAGGGUCCAAGGGGAGAAAAAGGAGAGCCAGGACAGAGAGGAGAGAGAGGUCUUCCAGGGUUAGGAGGGUCGGCUGCCGGAUCUAAAGGAGAGCCGGGAGAGAGAGGACAGCCUGGUAUCAGUGGAAGGCCGGGUGCCAAGGGAGAUGCAGGUGACCCAGGAGAGAGGGGAGAGAAUGGGCGGCCAGGACUCCCAGGAAAGCCUGGCCUUCCUGGGAAAGCGGGAGAGAGAGGAGAGAAGGGUGACGAAGGCACACCUGGGGAGUCUGGGCUUCCAGGGAAGGCGGGAGAAAGAGGACUAAGGGGACUACCCGGUCAGCCAGGACGAGCAGGAGAGAAAGGAGACAUGGGAGACCCAGGAGAGCACGGGCGAAAUGGCAGCCCUGGACCCACAGGACCGAGAGGAGAGCAAGGAGAAGUGGGACCUCAAGGGCCUCCAGGACCACCAGGAAAAGUGUCUGACAUCACAGGCCAGCUGAGAGGAGACAGAGGAGAGAAGGGUGAUGCUGGCGACCCAGGAGAGCACGGAGGCAAAGGUCAGAAAGGCGAAGCAGGGACUCCCGGAACUGCAGGCCUGCGAGGUCCUGAGGGACAACGGGGACCUGCAGGCACAAGAGGUGACGCAGGGGAAAGAGGAGCGCCUGGAGAGAAGGGAGAAAGAGGAACAUCUGGGUUAGAUGGACGUCCUGGUCUGGAUGGUAAACCAGGUGCUGCCGGACCACCUGGACAGAGGGGUGAUCCUGGGAAACAGGGGGAUCCUGGAAGAGAUGGUUUACCAGGACUUAGAGGGGAGCAGGGCCCACCAGGACCUGUUGGGCCUCCAGGCAAUACAGGGAUACCUGGUAAAGCAGGUGAAGAUGGAAAACCCGGUGUUCCUGGCAAAAUGGGGGAGGAUGGUGUGCCAGGUGAAGAUGGGAGAAAGGGCGACAAAGGAGAAUCAGGAGCAGCGGGAAGAGAUGGCCGUGACGGGCAGAAAGGGGACCGGGGCCUUCCUGGGUCUGCGGGACCCACUGGACCUGCUGGGGCUCCUGGAGUACCUGGCAGCAUUGGUCCUCCUGGACAGGUGGUGUAUGUGAAAGGAGCUGAAGCAGCACCAAUCCCAGGCCCGCAGGGGCCUCCAGGAACCCCUGGUGUACCUGGGAUCCCUGGAGCUGUGGGAGCCAGAGGGGAUAGAGGUCCGCCUGGCCUCAAAGGUGAUGCUGGAGACCCAGGAGAGGAUGGGAUGCCAGGCAAACCUGGGACAGCGGUGGAUGUACAGAAGGCUCUGGCCAGCUUUGGCAUUCAGAUGUCUGAUCUGAAGGUGGUUGUGGACAGGAAGGACAUACCACUGAGUCCUCCAGUGCAGAGGGACAUAAAAGGUGACAAAGGGGACAGAGGUGAAACUGGACCGAGAGGACCAUCUGGUGCAGAUGGUUCCCGUGGCCUUCCAGGAGACAGAGGAGCUAAAGGGGAUCAAGGGGAGAGAGGACUCUCAGGAGCACCUGGACCUCCAGGUAGAGCCAUUGGAGAGCGAGGGCCAGAAGGACCACCAGGGCCCGCUGGAGAGCCGGGCAAACCAGGAAUACCGGGAGUUCCUGGGCGAGCUGGGGAACUAGGGGAGGCUGGAAGACCUGGAGAUAAGGGGGAGAGAGGAGAGAAAGGUGACAAAGGAGAUGCUGGAAAAAUUGGUCUAUCAGGAGCACCUGGCCCACCAGGUCAAAAGGGAGCAUCUGCUGACUCAGUGCUGGUUGGUUCGCCUGGGGUCAGAGGCCCUCCAGGACUUGCAGGACCAAAGGGAGAGCCUGGUGCUACAGGACCACCGGGACCUCAAGGAGAACGGGGUUUUGUGGGAAGUCGAGGUGAUAAAGGAGACCGAGGACAGGCUGGAGAAAAAGGACGUGAUGGCUUGCAGGGAACAGCAGGAGAACCAGGAAAACCUGGUCAGGAUGGGAAACCGGGCUUGCCUGGGUUCCCAGGAGUUCUAGGCAGACCGGGAAACCCAGGAGAGCCUGGCAUAAGGGGGCCAACUGGCCCCAUGGGUCCCAACGGGUCUCCAGGUCCUGCAGGUGUGAAGGGUAAUCAAGGAGAGCCAGGUGUUGGUGUCCAGGGUCCUCCUGGAGCCCAAGGGAGCACAGGUCUGCCAGGACCACCAGGCCCCCCCGGAGCAGUAGGUCCACAGGGACCUUCAGGACUACCAGGGCAGGUGGGUGAAGCAGGUAAACCAGGAGUCCCUGGAAGAGAUGGGGUGCCGGGCAAAGAUGGGAUACCUGGGUUACCAGGAAAGCAGGGCAUUUCUGGACCUCCAGGCCAGAACGGCUUAAAGGGGGAGCAGGGAGACAGCGGUCCUCCAGGAAAGGCUGUGGCUGGACCCCCUGGACCCAAAGGGGAGAGGGGUCCAAAUGGUGUAACGCUGCCAGGCACAGCUGGGGAGAGAGGUCUACCUGGAGAAAAGGGUAACAGGGGAGACAAAGGUGUUCCUGGCAACAAAGGAGAGAGAGGAGUGGAUGGUGAGCCAGGAGAGCCCGGAGAAGAUGGGGCAAAAGGAUCUUCAGGGCCAAAAGGAGAUAAGGGAGAGAAGGGCAUAGGGCAGGAGGGUCCUCCUGGCCGGGAUGGGCCUCUAGGUUUAAAGGGAGAUCCAGGCCUUCCUGGUCCAGCUGGUCCUCCGGGGCUACAGGGGAAGCCAGGUAACAGUGGGCUGCCUGGCCUGAGAGGAGAAAUUGGACAACCAGGACCUCCUGGACCACCUGGGGAGAGGGGUCUCCAAGGCUUUGCAGGCCGCGCAGGAAAUGCCGGGCCCCCUGGUCCUGCUGGACCUCCUGGACAGGCAGGCUCUCCUGGUACCAACGGGGUCAAAGGAGACAAGGGGGAAGUUGGCGUUGGACUCACUGGUCCCAGAGGAGAAAGAGGAGAACCAGGGCCGAGGGGAGAGGAGGGUCGUGCUGGCUUGGAUGGAGAGAGGGGGAUAACGGGUCCACCAGGGAUCCGAGGUAUUCGAGGAGAGAAGGGAGACAUCGGGCUGCAAGGUGACAAAGGAGAGAAGGGGGACACGGUGCUGGUGGGAGGACCUGCUGGAGAAAAGGGCAACAAAGGAGAAACAGGUGACAGGGGACCCAAAGGUGUUCAGGGAGAAAAAGGGACAAAGGGUCAAGAGGGCCCUCCAGGGGAGCAGGGACUGAGGGGAGAGCCAGGAGAAAGAGGAUCCACUGGAUUCCCAGGUGCUCGUGGCCCUGGUGGACAGAAGGGAGAAGCCGGUCAACCUGGAGUACCUGGUGAAUCGGGUUUACCAGGGAAAGACGGGCUGACAGGACGCCAGGGGGACAAAGGGGAGUCUGGUAUCAUAGGAUUGAGAGGAAUCAAGGGUGACCGAGGACCCAAGGGAGCUUGUGGAGGUGAUGGACCCAAAGGAGAGAAGGGGGAUGGUGGAAUUCAUGGACGACCAGGCCUACCAGGAAGAAAAGGUGAACAGGGGGAAAUUGGACCCUCUGGUGCCCCAGGGACCCCCGGAAAAGAGGGACUAGUCGGUCCUAAGGGUGACCGUGGUUUUGAUGGGGUUGCAGGACCCAAAGGAGCUCAGGGAGAGAAAGGUGAAAGGGGUCCACCUGGCGUACCUGGUCCUCCUGGUCCCAGAGGAACCGAUGGAGCCCCUGGCCUGACUGGACCUCUGGGACCACCUGGUGCUAAAGGCCCAGAGGGGCUCCAGGGACAGAAGGGAGAGAGAGGUCCAAUAGGUCCCGCCAUGGUGGGUCCACGCGGUAUCCCAGGAAUCCCCGGGGAGCGAGGAGAACCGGGAGAGUUGGGGCCAGAUGGAGCCAAGGGAGAAAGAGGAGAGCCAGGCAUGACGGAGUUUGAGGUCAGAGAGUACGUUCGCACAGAGAUGAGUCAGCACUGUGCGUGUGGAGGUUCAGGCCCAAUAAGUCGGUCCCAGCCUACGAUCAGGGCUCGGCCUGCACCAGAGCAUCAACUGGUCGUGAAGGGUGAGGAGGGCCGAGAGCUGCGUGUGGUGGUGAACACCAACGACCCGGACUACGAGCACAUCUACUCCAUCGAGGCUUACGACGACCCCUUGGACGAGCUGCUUUACUUCACUCCCACUGCCAACCAGAGCGAUGGUGAGGUUGUCAAGGAUGACACUGUCAAAACAGUCAAAGCUGAACCAAGCAAAUCAGCCACAGCUGUCAUUAAGAAAGCAGCAACAGCUGAUGGUCAGAGAGCAGCCAAAGUUAAAGCACCUCUGAGAGCAGUCAAGCCCAAAACAGUCAGGUCCAAGAGGAGAGUCAAGGGGGAAGCUCCGGCAGACCUGUGCUUGCUGCCCAUGGAGGAGGGGAGCUGUGGACGAUACACUCUGCGCUGGUACUUUAACAGUCAGGUUCAGGCCUGCAGGCCCUUCAUCUACAGCGGCUGCGAAGGAAACGACAACCGCUUCCUCCACCUGGAGGAGUGUGAGGAGCUCUGCCUUGGGGAUGUCGAAGGUUCUCGUCCCUUGAAGACAGCACGAUGAUUGAGGACAAAUCCUCCUCAGCCACUGGAAUGUUAGCCUUUAUAUAACUUUAUAGGUCAUUAUUUUGUCAAAUGUUGAUGGUCAAGAUUUGUUUUUGUUUAUUUAUUGUUUCUGUAAACCCAACCAAACUUUACCCCAGGUUGAGAGGGGUUCCCAGAGUGCCUCCUUGCUUAAUGUUCUCCAAAUAAAAGACAAAAUAGAGUUAUUAGGUUAAAAAAACACAUUUCUUUUUUUUUGAAUUGCACACUGAGAAGAGUUUCUUUGCUUUCACCCUGAUUCUCUCAGUUUAACUGUACCACAGAAUUGUAGUAAAGUACAUUCAGUACCUUUAUCCAUGUCAUGCUGCACACAGAUAAUAAAACCUAGAUCUACAUACAGAAAGGAAGUGAAAAAAUAACUUGACUCUCCUCACAGUGUAAUCCAAUAUUUCUUAGGUAAAUACCAAUACGGUGAAGCUCAUAAUGUGUCUUCAACUCAGUGUUCAUUUUCGAGGCUGUAGUUUGUAGUGUUCAGUCAUUAUAUGCGUCAACAUGGAGCCUGUUACUCCACCUAAUAUUGGGGGGGGAAAAAACGGACAUGAAUUUCUUUCUGUUAGGCAGUGAUGGUUGAGAAUUUUCUGAUGAAACAAUACAGCUGUUUUACAAAUCCACAACAGUAACAAAGCACUUGAUGCAGAUUCACUUUAUUUUGCAGUCGUUAAACCUUGUCCUUGAUCUGACUGAUUACAUUAAGAAGGAAAAAGGUCUACACGUGACCUGCAUUCCCCUUCGCUAAUGAGGUUUCUCAUGAUUGGUUUAUGUCCUAAUUACCUGAGUCUGACUCACCGUCGAUGCAGGCUGCAACCAUCUAAUCCUGUUUUCUAACCCUGUGCUUCAAAUUGCCUUUAAAAAAAAUCACAAAUAACAAUGGUGAUUGUCAGUAGGGAAAGAAAUUGAGAACCAGUUCCAGUUGACUGAAACUAGAAUUGACUUGACACUUCUAUACUCUUGUUUCAAUUCUGUGGCCUGUGCUGCAGAACUUUCAGCCUCUAUAGCACCAGUGCUGUGUGCAAAACAAGUUAAGGUACUGCCCUGUGCAGCUUGUAAUGUCUGUAAAACGAUCAUGUCAAGUUAGGGUGGAAACCAAGGGCAACCCCGGGGGCCGACAAAUAAGGCUAACACGGAAGUGCCAAAACUGUAGUUCCUUGAGUGGCCACUUGAGGCUGGCUCCAAGAGCAAGUCAGUCUCCAUAGACCUCCAUGUUUCUAAUUUCCUCCUUUAUGACAAUUGUACGGGGAGUGAAUUUUUAUAUCCUCCAGAGCUUAACCCUCUCAUCCAAAUAUGGUCACUUCUGGUUCCAAAAAAACAA